UUUUGCUGAUAUUAUAACGUACAUAUAUAUAGAGAAGAGAUGUAGAGAUCAACAUGGCUAGUAAUAUACUUAUAUAUAUACUUGUUUCUUGUUUUAUAUUUGAUGUCAAUAUUGCUCUGGACACAUGUGAAGAUACAUCAAAUGCAGGACCAAUCUGUAAACGUAACUAUAAACAUUGUACAGAUAAACCUGGUGCUUGGAAAGGUUAUAUGGAGAAAACAUGUAUGUAUACCUGCAGUUAUUGCACUAAAGAAAAUGUAGCUUUAGACAAGAAUACGAAACAGAGCUCAUUUUUCGAUCAAACUGGAUAUAAUUCAUCUAAUGCUGUAGAUGGUGAACGUCAGGAUAAAUAUGGAUCCUGCUCAGUUACAAAUAAUGGUGACGUCAAAUCAUGGUGGUGUGUUGAUUUACAGAAGCAAUACACAAUUAACGAAAUCCGUGUUUACGGUGAAAACGGUGGUGUAGUUAAUGGUACCAUAGACAACCUAGCUAAUUCUACUGUGAUUCUCAGCAAUACUGGAAGUUGUGAUGAAGCAACUCUUAAAUCAUCAACGGUUUGUUAUAAAGAUCCUGGUAGUAAUAGAAAUCCGUAUAGAAUAGUAAGAUGUGAUCAACAACCAGAUGUUGAGUUGACAGGACAGAUUGUAUUUAUAACAACAGACAUGGAAUAUGCAUCUCUAGGAUUAUGUGAAGUAGAGGUUUAUUCAGCUCGGUGUUCAGAUGGAUAUUAUGAAAAAUCUAGUGGAACAUGUUCAUCUUGUAAGUGCGGUGGCAAACCAUGUGAUGACAAUACAGGACACUGUAAACCAUGCCCUAUAAAUUGUAAGAAUGAUAAAUGUGAUGUUACUGGUAGAUGUACAGAUGGCUGUAAUGUGGGAUUCUAUGGUAUUGUUUGUACGGGUGAGUGUAGUCCAAACUGUAAAGACAAUGUUUGCUACGAAGCUGGUGUAUGUUCAGAUUGCAGAGAAGGAUUUUAUGACGAUGUCUGUUCAAAGAACUGUUCCAAUUGUAAACCAGGUGGUUGUAGAAGGAAUAGUGGUGUUUGUAUUAAUGGAUGUAAAGACGGAUUUUUUGGUAAUAAUGGAAAGUGUAAGCGAGUAUGUCCGAACUGUAAUCCAGGUGGCUGUCAAAUGAAAGGUGGAUCUUGUAUUAAUGGGUGUAAAGAUGGAUUUUAUGGUAAGAAAUGUGAAUUGAAGUGUUCAACAUGUAAACCUGGUGGGUGCGAUAAGCAGGGUGUUUGUGCCAAUGGAUGUCUAGACGGGUUUUAUGGGAGUGAUGGACUGUGUCUUAGAAAAUGUCCAAACUGUCUACCAGGAGGAUGUGAUAAAGAUGAUGGUGUUUGUAUCAGUGGAUGUAUAGAGGGUUGGUAUACAGAUACAUGUAAUACAAGUUGUAGUAGUUAUUGUCAAGGUGGAUGUAAUAGAUCAAAUGGUACAUGUAAAACAUGUUCUCCAGGUAGAUUUGGUGAUUAUUGUCAAUAUGAAUGUAGUAUUGGCUGUCAAGGUGGAUGUAAUAGAUCAAAUGGUAUAUGUAAAACAUGUUCUCCAGGUAGAUAUGGUGAUUAUUGUCAACAUGAAUGUAGUAUUGGUUGUGUUGAUAACAUAUGUUCUACAGAUGGGUCGUGUAGUUGUAAAGCCACUCAUUAUGGUGAUAAUUGUAACAGGACAUGUAAUGAUGGAUGUAUAAAUAGCGAAUGUUCUAGUAAUGAUGGCCUUUGUUCAUGUAAAGGCACCCAUUACGGUGAGAAAUGUGAACAUGAAUGCAGUAACAAAUGUAUUGAUAGACAAUGUACAGCAUCACCCGAAUCGAGUGAACUACGCUGUACAGUUGGCUGCAUUGAUGGUUAUAUAAAUUCUGACUGUCAAACACCAUGCCCUGUUAACUGUAUUAAAUGUAGUUAUUCAGGUUGUGGAUCCUGUAAACCAGGUUGGUAUGGUAACAAGUGUCAGACAUCUUGUCCUAAGAACUGUCCCAAUCAAUGUAAUUCGGUAUCUGGCGAGUGUGAUGAGUGUGAAGGCAACACAUUUGGCAGGUUUUGUAAUUCAACUUGCAGUAAUGGAUGCAGAGAGCACGAUACAGAUACAAUAUGUAACAUGACUGGUGAUUGUUUAUUUGGCUGUUUUAAUGGUAAUUAUGGUAAAAGAUGUGACAAAAUAUGUAGUCCCGAGUGUAGUAAUAGAGGCUGCGAUCAAACAGGAAGAUGUUAUGAGUGUCUUGAAGGAUAUCAUGGUGACGGCUGUGAGAUGAAGUGUGUUAAAUCCUGUAGUGGGCGAUGCAGUAGACAAGAUGGCCAGUGUAAUGAAUGCAUCCCAGGGUAUUAUGGUAAUUACUGUAACAACACUUGCAGCACUACUUGUUUAGAAGGAUGUAAAGCAUCGGAUGGUUACUGUAAUAAUUGUACAGCUGGUUAUUAUGGUAAUUAUUGUAACAACUCUUGUAGCACUACUUGUUUAGAAGGAUGUAGAGAAUCAGAUGGUUAUUGUAAUAAUUGUACAGUUGGUUAUUAUGGUACUUAUUGUAACAAUUCUUGUAGCACUUCUUGUUUAAACGGAUGCACAGAAUCGAAUGGUUACUGUAAUAAUUGUACAGCUGGUUAUUAUGGUAAUUACUGUAACAAUUCUUGCAGCACUACUUGUUUAGAAGGAUGUAGAGGAACGGAUGGACACUGUAAUAAAUGUGUCAAUGGUUAUUAUGGACGAACAUGUAAUAAAACGUGCAGCGAUACGUGUUACGGGGGUUGUAAUAGAGAAGGUAAAUGUUUAGGAUGUAAAUAUGGUAGGAGAGGAUCUGUCUGUUCUCAGGCAUGUUCGUCUUUAUCUAAAAAUUGUAUUCAGUGUCAUCAAUCUAUUCCACGUUGUCAAUACUGUAAAUCUGGUUGGUAUGGAAGACAAUGCAAUGAGCGAUGUCCUACCGGGUGUCUUGGUGAUAGUUGUAACCUUAACGGAAGUUGUAAUUCUUGCAAACUAGGACGAUCUGGACAAAGGUGUGCAUUUUGUCCACCUGGAUGUUUAGGAGAUAAUUGUACUAAAAAUGGAACUUGUAUGGCCUGUAGACAAGGUAAAUUUGGUAUAAGAUGCAGAGACUUCUGUCCUACUGUAUGUCCAGACAUCUGCCACAUGAACGGAACUUGUAUAUCAUGUAACUCGAGGUCUUUUGGUACCAUGUGUAAUAAAACCUGUCCUAUAGGAUGUUUAGAUAAUAUAUGUAACAUGGAUGGUACGUGUGAAUCUUGUAAACAUGGAUAUUAUGGAAUAACCUGUGACAAAAAGUGUAGUACCAAUUGUAAAUCUAUCCUUGGUUUAACUGUAUGUAAUAUAACAGAUGGUUCAUGUAUGGAUGAUUGUGGAGAUGGUACAUCUGGACAUAACUGUACAGAAGGCUUACCUAAAGCUGAAACAAGUAAUAACAAAACUACUGGUAUAAAUAUUGGUUUGGUUAUUGGUAUUGGUAUUGGUAUUGUUGCUGUUAUAAUUGCUGGUGUUGUUAUUAUAGUUUACUGUAAGAGAAGAAAGACUUUAUGGGUAACAAAAAAUCGUGAACCACGUUAUGAUUAUAUUCUUGUCGGAGAUGUCGUUACUACAAGUGGUGUAUCAGAAGAUGAAAGGGGGAAAUCUGACCAAAAUACAGACGUAUUAACGGAAAAAACAUCCAAUAUAUGUAUUAACAGCCAACAAAAAUCGAUAUCGGCUAUCGACUAAGAGUGGUUAAAAUAAAGCACAACAGAGACAAUUAUUCUAACUUAGGAUACGAAGGUGUAACAAAUUUCUAUUACAAAGCUGAUUUAAAAUUUUAUUAUUGCACCACCUUUCUUGUCAAUCUAUCUGUUGAAAGCCAUAAAAUUUAAAUUGUUGGACGAUAAUAUUUUUUUUAUAAAAUAAAUAAAUCACAUAUGUGUUAAAAUGUAUAAUUCGACUUUUGGUUGAUGUAAUGUGAUAGGAAGUGUAAAACAGAUUAUAGUAUGUUGGACAGGGUUAUUUAUUUUCAAUGUCGCUCCGGCUGUUCCCAUUCAGAUUGAUUCAAUUAAAGCUGCUUGUAGAAGCUAUUAAACGUAUUAUACUUUAGUAUAACUGUCUGAUUUAUAAUAACGUCUUUAAAGGAGAAGUCUGAUAUAUAUAUAUAUAUAUAUAUAUAUCAAUGAACGUUUCUUUAUCUUUUCAUAAUCUUUAUCUAACCCCGUUAAUACUAUACGACGCUCUGUGAUAUUCUAGUUCUCCGUGUGGUGUUGAUAAUAUCUUACCACAGUCCUCGUUAUAUAACAGUAUUCACGUGUGUACACCCACAGAAGUUAAAGUCGUAUCACUACAAUGAAUAAUGAAAAAGCUAGCGAACAUUACUAGACGACCAUGAGAUAUGCUAAAAGUAAACUUUAAGACAGUGUAAUAUGGCUAUUUGAUUGAUAUACUUUAACAAACUGUACGAACAGAUAGAUACUCUAUAAAAUCGUGGUCGUCUUUUAAAAAUGUAUAGAUUUUUGUAUUUUAAUGAUUAAUGAUAAACACCUUUUUAUAAUAUACUAGCCGGAUACCCGGCUUCGCUCGGGGUCAUAACUCCGAAACCGGAAGUGGUAGACUAACGCCACCUGGUCUAUGUUACUCCCCGGUCCGAGCUACCCCUAUACCCCAAAUUUCAGACUCGGGGCAGACCGGCUUCGCUCGGGAGAAACCGGAGGUGGUAGACUAACGCCACCUGGCCUAUGUUACUCCCCGGUCCGAGGAAACUUUAUAACCAAAAUUUCAGACUCGGGGCAGACCUAGUGUAGCCGCCAACCCCGAACAGACAGACAAACAGACAGACAGACAGAAAGACAGACAGACAAACGACAGUCACAAAUAUAUAUAUAGAUUUCGUUGACAGGAUCUUUGAAAGAGAUAGACUAUGGGAAUUAGUAGAUCUUUGUAUAUAGAGUACACGUCCAUUUUACCUAAAUUCUUUAAAAGUGACAAUAUUUACAAGACUUAUAAAUAUGAAGAGAAAAAUUUCAAGAACGCAAUAAUAUAAUUAAUUAAUUUGCCGUCCUUCAUACCAAUUAUGUAACCAUAUAUUGUUAUUAUCGCGGAAGUCUUCUCUUAUUACAUAUCCAUAAAAACAUACAUCAAUGAAAUAUGAUCAUUAUAUACCAACAUCAGAAAUGUUUUACUAUUAAAAUAUGCAAGUGGUC